AUGUCAGGACAUUACCCUCGAUCUAUCACAAGCGCCGGAAGCGAGUCAGCUGGAAGUGAACAGCAUCGAUUAUCGUCCGGGCGCGCCGAGCGCUCAGCUUCGAACCCGGCGGCCCUCUGCUUGGACCAGUACGAUACCGCUCUACCCCCCAUCAGCUUUCAGACUCCGACCCUUGCACACCGACGAACCGGAAGUACAUUGAAAACUGUGAUGCGCAAGAUUUUCAAUCGGAAAAGACAGAGCGCAGCGGAUGGGAUGGAAGAAAGCCCAAACGAGGCUCUCUAUAUAACCCCAGUGAGAAGAUCAGGACCGGAAAGCAAAUCAUUCCUUGCAGUCCCCACACCUACAGAUUCGAAACGGAGUAGUCCACUUUCGGAGGAGAACCUACAAUUGCAGUUUGCGGAGACACAUCUGUCACCGACAAGCGCGACGGGGGGUUCCUUGCCAUCGCCUGGCUUACCAACACGCCGCCGACGAGCAACACUUCCCAGUGUAAUCUUCUCCGACGACGAAUCACGAUUUGCAGUUGCGUCUGCAAUUUCCGAUCCACAAGAAGACCGUCAUAUCCAAGAAGGACGCCGGUACAGUAUGCUACUUAACCGACGGUCUAGAAGUGCAGAAGCGCUGCAGAACCUUGUAAAUGAACAAUCACAUGAGGAGUGGCCACCCCGCACCACCUCCAUUCCGACUUCGGGCCCCGACGACAAAUCACCCAUCCUUGGAAGCUCUGUCAGCGCCCAUUCCGCCAGACCGUCUUCAGGAACUACAGUGACCAGUGCUACUCAAACAUCUGUGGCACCAUCGAUCAACGAAGCCGACGAACGGGCAGAACAAAUGAGCCUACCCCCUAAUGUGGGCAAUUUUGUUUACACCAUGCAACAAGACGACGGUCUAACUGUGGAGCAACGAUUAAAUACCCUCGAAGUAAAGAUGAUAGACCUGGAAUUCGCAAUUGCCCGCAUGCAAUCCAGUCCCACCAACGGGUCAACAGAACGAUCGUCGUCCAGACAGAAACGCACCCCCUCCGCCGACCAAUACAGCCCCCACACACGCAACAAACCAUCAUCCGGAUACCUAGGCUCAUCCGACCGAGACCGCGAACGUGACCGCGACCGGGACGAAUCCCCUAGCCCCCUAGCCACUUUCUCCACGGUGCGCCCAUCAAGCACAAGCACAAUCCGACAAGAAACAAUGAGCCGAAGCAUCCGCCCCGCACCAUCCGCAACCUCCCUCUCGGAAUUCAGCGGCGUGUCAAUCGAGCAGUACAGUACGCUAGUAACGCUCCUCCGCCGCGAACAAACCGCCCGCCGCAACCUCGAAAGCCAGGUCUCCGGCCUCCGCGACGAUCUCCGUCAGAUUCAACGGGCGGCGCUUCAGUCCAUGGAAAUGGGCACUAUGUACCCGAUUCACAAUGUGGACUCACAGGAAUUCCUGCGAUUUCGGCGUGCACUUGAUGACACGGAUUCGACCUCGCCUAGUUCUAGAGAAAGGGAGCGGGGGAAUGUUGAUUUUGAGGAUGCGUCAGAGUAUGGGCGGGAUGAUCCGAUUGGACCGCAUAAAUGGGAUAACGGACAGCGGUCUGUGACGGCGCCUAUGAUCUGA